UACAAGCUCUGUUGAAAGCAGAGCAUGCAUCCACCUUGUCCCAUAUAUGAUGCGAAUCCAACAUGGACAAUUACUACGAUCUAAGUUCAAUUUCCUUCACAAAAUCAAUGCCAACCAUGCUUUUAACAUUCCCACUUUGUCACCUCAUAAUUUUCUUCACUCACUUGAUCCAUUUAUAACUCCUCCAUUACGUAAACAACGGGAAAUUGGUCAUGAAUUGGCCAGUUUGUUGCAGUUGUCAUGGCCAAACAAUCCUAUUCCUUAUUACUAUAAGAAAAUCCAUGCUCAUGUUGUGGUUUUGGGCUUUCAACAUGAUCUUUUCCUUGUUAACACUCUGCUUCGUGCAUACUCAAAAUUGAAAUUUAUAAAUGAUGCACAGAAGCUAUUCGAUAUUAUGCCUCAGAAAAACCUUGUUACUUGGUCUUCUAUGGUUUCCAUGUACACUCAACAUGGUUAUAGUGUGGAAGCUCUGCUGUUGUUCUGCAGGUUCAGGAGAAGUUCUUGUGAGGAACCAAAUGAGUACAUUUUGGCCAGUGUUGUCAGAGCUUGUACACAUUUGGGUAGUCUCGCUCAAGCACUGCAGGUGCAUGGGUUUGUUUUUAAGAGUGGAUUUAUUCAAGAUGUUUAUGUGGGCACCUCUUUGAUUGAUUUUUAUGCAAAGCAUUGUUACAUUGAGGAAGCAAGGAUUCUAUUUGAUUGUCUUGAAGUGAAAACUAUGGUUACCUGGAAUGCAAUUAUAGCAGGGUAUUCAAAACUUGGAAGAAGUGAAGUGUCCUUAAAGUUAUUCAACCAGAUGAGAGAGUGUGAUCUAUGUCCAGACAGGUAUGUGCUUUCUAGUGUGUUGGGUGCUUGUUCGAUGCUUGAAUUUCUCAAAGGUGGUAGGCAAAUUCAUGGAUAUGUAUUAAGGAAGGGGAUUGAGAUGGAUGUUACAAUGGUCAAUGCACUUAUAGAUUUCUAUUUGAAGUGUCACAAAGUGAAGACGGGUUGGAAGUUAUUUGAUUGUCUGAUAGACAAAAAUAUUGUUUCGUGGACCACCAUGAUUGCUGGUUGCAUGCAGGAUUCAUUUCAUCAAGAUGCCAUGAACCUCUUUGCUGAGAUGGCUAAAAUGGAUUAUAAGCCCGAUGCAUUUGGUUGCACUAGCAUUCUCACCUCAUGUGGUUCAGUCCAGGCUCUAGAAAAGGGAAGGCAAGUGCAUGCUUAUAGUAUCAAGGUGAAUAUUGAUAAUGAUGAUUUUGUGAAAAAUGGCUUGAUUGAUAUGUAUGCAAAAUGUGAUUCCUUGACUGAUGCAAGAAAAGUCUUCAACCUUUUGGCUGUUGUUAAUGUAGUAUCCUACAAUGCGAUGAUAAAUGGAUACUCAAGACAAGACAAGCUAAAUGAAGCAUUGGAUCUUUUCCAAGAAAUGAGGCUGAGUUUAUUGCCACCAAAUCUAUUAACAUUUGUAAGCCUGCUUGGGCUGUCUGCAUCCUUGUUUCAGCUUAAAUUAAGCUACCAAAUACAUGUUUUGAUUAUUAAAUAUGGAAUUUCUUUAGACAAUUUCGCUGGAAGUUCUCUAAUAGAUGUUUAUUCAAAAUGUUCAUGUAUUGGGGAUGCAAGAUUAGUUUUUGAGGAAAUACAUGACAAAGACAUUGUAGUAUGGAAUGCGAUGUUUUCUGGGUAUACACAACAGUCAGAAAAUGAGGAAGCACUAAAACUUUACAAAGAUUUACAAAUAUCAAGACUAACACCCAAUGAGUUCAGUUUUGUUGCUGUGAUCACAGCAGCAAGUAAUAUAGCAAGUCUGCAGCAUGGUCGGCAGUUUCACAACCAGGUCAUAAAAAUGGGCCUUGAUGAUGAUCCGUUCAUCAUAAAUGCUCUGGUGGAUAUGUAUGCCAAGUGUGGAGGCAUUGAAGAAGCUCACAAGGCAUUUAGUUCUACAAAUCAGAGAGACGUUACUUGUUGGAAUUCCAUGAUUUCAACAUAUGCACAGCAUGGAGAAGCAGCGAAAGCUCUAGAGGUGUUUGAAAACAUGAUUAAGGAUGGAGUAAGGCCAAAUUAUGUCACCUUUGUAGGUGUGCUAUCAGCAUGUAGCCAUGCUGGACUUAAUGACCUUGGAUUUCAUCACUUUGAAUCAAUGCCCCAGUUUGGUAUCGAACCGGGAAUGGAUCAUUAUGCUUGCAUGGUUUCUCUCCUGGGCCGCGCUGGUAAAAUAUACGAAGCAAAGGACUUUAUUGAUAAGAUGCCAAUAAAACCAUCAGCAGUAGUGUGGAGGAGCUUGCUCAGUGCAUGUAGAGUUUCAUGUAAUAUUGAACUGGGAACGUAUGCUGCUGAGAUGGCAAUUUCAUGUGACCCAGCAGAUAGUGGAUCAUAUACUCUACUUUCAAAUAUUUUUGCUUCCAAAGGAAUGUGGGUACAUGUCAGGAGGGUGAGAGAAAAAAUGGACAAAGGUGGGGUAGUGAAAGAACCAGGAUGUAGUUGGAUUGAAGUGAAUAAUGAAGUUCACACGUUUAUAGCGAGGGACAAAUCCCAUCGUGACACCACCCUUAUAUCUUCAAUGUUAGACAAUUUGAUUCUUCAGAUAAAAGAGUUUAGUUAUGUGGGUAAUGCAGCCGCAUUCUUAAUUGAUGAUUGAGAUCAAUUAUAAUGUGCUAAUAUUACAGUUACGAG